CCGCCACUAGUCCUGCAUUUGUCUCGAGCUCUUGAACACAGCUCGCCUGCCUCUCGCCGGCCGUCAUGGUAGGCGCCAUGCCGCCCGAGGCUCUGCCCCGCGAGGUGGUCGGCAACGGCUACAGCGCCAAGCACCUGCAGCUGCCGGUGCCGCCGAAGCAGGCGCAGCAGCAGCAGCGCGACGAGGCUGGGUGCAAGUGGUACGAGGAGGAGAUCGACGACGACCUCAAGCUCUGCUACGCUCUCAACAGCGUGCUGCACCGGGGGGCGAGCAAGUACCAGGAGAUCGCGCUCCUUGACACCAAGCAUUUUGGGAAGGCUUUGAUAAUCGACGGGAAGAUGCAGAGCACCGAGAUGGAUGAGUUCAUCUACCACGAGUCCUUGAUACACCCGCCGCUGCUCUUCCACCCAAAGCCGAAUACAGUGUUCAUCAUGGGAGGUGGAGAGGGCUCUGCAGCGAGAGAGGUCCUGAGGCACAAGACCGUUCAAAGGGUGGUCAUGUGCGACAUAGACCAGGAGGUUGUGGACUUCUGCCGAACGUACCUGACGGUGAACCGCGAGGCGUUUGACAGUGACAAGCUCUGUCUCAUCAUCAAUGACGCCAGGGCUGAGUUGGAGAAGAGCAGGGAGAAGUUCGACGUGGUAGUAGGAGACCUGGCCGAUCCCGUGGAGGGAGGCCCCUGUUAUCAGCUGUACACCAAGUCGUUCUAUGAGCAUAUCGUCAAGCCCAAGCUUAACGACCACGGCGUCUUCGUCACCCAGGCCGGUCCUGCCGGUGUUCUUACUCACAAGGAGGUCUUCUCAUCGAUUUACAACACUCUUAGGCAUGUCUUCAAAUAUGUUCAAGCUUACACUGCUCAUGUUCCAUCCUUUGCAGACACCUGGGGCUGGGUUAUGGCCUCGGAUCAUCCAUUCGAUCUCACUGCCCAGCAGAUCAAUGAAAGAAUCAAUGACAGGAUAGAAGGAGAGCUUGUCUACCUGAGUGGGGAAUCCCUCAUUUCCUCUACCACACUGAACAAAAGCGUCCAUCAGUCGCUGUUGAAUGAGACCCAUGUGUACACGGAGGAUGAUGCCAGGUUCAUCUACGGCCAUGGAAGGGCAUGCUGCGCUUGAAGGCUUUUGCUUGGUUUCCUGCACCAGCGUCUCCAUGUAUGCAAAAGACGUUGCCAGUCAUAGCUAGUUGUAAGUCAGCUACUCUAAACGCAAAAUAAUAGAAAGGAAAUUACUACUAUGUACAACCUGCAAUAAAGACUUGCGGGCUACCGUUCUCUUGUA